AUGGGGAAGUUUCACACAUUAGCCGCUAUUUUUUGCUUUGUGUUUUUUUGCCUCCCGGCUCCCUCCUGUGGGAUGGUUCAGGAUAAAAAGAUCAAUUUGAAAAUAGAGUUGGUCGACAAAGAUUUGUUGCUAUCUAAUGAGCACUUGAAGAAGGAGAAGAAUAUUGUUCAAAAUGGGAAAAAAAUUAAAAUUAAAAUUUUCGAAAAAAUAAAGGAAAAUGUCCUCGAGCGGGCCUUAGUCGUGCAGGAAAUGGACAGAGUUAAAGGCAUGAAUGCAUCAAAAAGUGGAAAAGCCGCAAGUUUGCAAAAUGUGAGUGAUGAUGCAGGCGACGAUGAAGAGGACGAAACUGAUGAUAAUGGCAAUGAUGCCGCUUCGGAGGGGGAAAAACAUGAUGGGGAUGAGGAAGAAUAUUGCGCACAUGAUGCAAGCGACAUGAAAGUUAUUUCAACAGAGGAAUCUACAGAAAAUGAUGUCCAUAUGCUUCGCAAGGUUUACCAGAAGAAGACGGAUGAAGAAUUCACUACCUACUGCUACAUGAGGUAUACAUUUAAUUUAAAUUUGGAUAAAUUAAGCGAAAAUAAUAAGAGUGAGUUAUUCAAAGGUUUAGAUAAAUCUCUAGACUAUAUGUCUUUUUUGCCAAAGGAGGAUAAAGUUAAUGAUACCGAAGUAAUUCUAGAUCAUGAGUACAAGCAGAUGGACCAUUCAGCGGGGUCAAAUGAUUCAACACUGUCAACUGUGGAACUGAGGAAUGAUAAUCUUAAUUCAUGUUUUAAUUCGGAAUAUGCCGAAACUAUAGAUGAUAUUGUUAGGUACUUGGAGAGUAUAAGUAGUAGGUUAGCCGUCCCCUCGUCAAUAAAGAAUAAAUUAUUGAUGGAAAGGAAUCUUCUAAAAGGGUGCGAUGGAGUGGAAACACUGGGUGCUAGUUCGACAGGUAGUGCGCCUCAGGAUAAUGCUGAAAAAAUUGCACUUUACGAAAUAUUGACAAAUUUAAGGAACUCUUUUAUUAUGAAAAAGAAGGUAAUAAAUUUACUACACGAUGUAAAUUCUAAUGUAGAGGAUGCUAAUACCAACAGAGGUUCAGGAAAAGACCUGGACGAAAUUUUCAUAAACUCUGUUGAGCGAACAUUUGAUUGCUAUGAUGUGCUGAAAGGAAGUGAGAGGUUGAAUUCUAUAUUAACAAGCAGGAAGGAGGAGAAAACCCUAGUGCAAGAAUCACCCAACACGAGAGAAGUAGAUAUUAGGAAUCACCAGUUUAAAUAUGCCCCAGGGGGAAACUCAAAGGAGAACUCUUUGCUUACUGGCGAUAAUAAGGAUAAAUGUGAAAUAUUUUUUAAAGCAAUUUUGCUAAGUGAAGUGUUUGCAGAUCAUUCGACGCUUUCUCAAAAUGUGCAAGGGGGGCAUUUUCAGAUGUUGAACCAUGGGAUGAGUAAUGAUGGGUUCAGCGAUGCGAGUGCGAGUAAUUCCAGUGAGGAAGACGCAACAUAUGCAAAUUCCUUUUUCAAUGGUUUUUCACGCAUGCCGAUAGUAGACAAUGACUCUACGAAAAUGCGCAGUGCAUUUAUGGGAGAUAACGGUCACAUGGGUAUGGCAGUUAGCGGACGGGACAACCCUACUGAGGAGAAUACUUUUAAUUUGCAAGGAAGCCCAAACGUUUUCGCAGGUACUGAGUCCUUUGCUGAUAUGUCGACAGGGAUGAACGAAUUCGAAAUGGAUGACGAGGAUAAGGGUAAAAAGGAUAAGGAUGACGAUGACGACAAUGACGAUGAUGACGAUGAUGACGAUGACGAUGAUGACGAUGAUGACGAAGAGGACGACGCGAAGGAGGAAGAGGAGAUGGCAGAUGAGGAGGAAGACGAUGAUGAUGACGAUGAUGACGACGAUGAGGAUUCUUACUUUUCAUCAUCAGGCGUGAAGAGCCUGUUGAGUAAUUUAUUAAAAAACGGGUCGGAUCAUUUAGUAGAGGAAGGUGCAAAUAAAAUGUCCAAUCUCAUAGAUGAGAACUUCAACAUGGACAAGCUAUCCGAGAAGGCUAACAACAUGGCGGGAAAAAUUAAGGACGUAUCUAGAAGGACUUCUGAGAAAUAUAAAAAGGCAAAGGACGGGGUAAAGAAAUCUAUUAAGAAGGUGAAAUUGGCCUCAAAGGAGAAGAUGGAUAAACUUAAAAGGGGAGCGAAAAAAGGAGUGAAAAACCUGAAAGAUAUCGGAAAGAAUAGCAUUCGCAAACUUAAGGAUUCGGCGAAAAGGGGAGGAGAACGUAUCAAAAAACAAGGGAAAAAAAUUGUCGAUAAUACUGUGCAAGCAGCCAAGGAUAAGAUUGAUAAAGUCAAGAAAGAAACAAAAAAGAGUAUCGAUAAGGGAAAAAAAAAGGUGAAACAGGUAGCAAAAGAAGGAAUCCAAAAGGGGAAAAAUACGGUGAAAAAGAUGAAAAAGGUGGCCAAAGAGGGCAUCGAUAAGGUGCAGGGAGUGGCACAGAAGGGAAUCGAUAAGGCACAAGAAGUGGUAGAUAAGGGCAUCGAUAAGGCACAGGAAAUUGUCCAAGCGGGAGCACAGAAAGUGAAGAAAGCCAUCGGUAAGGCGCAGAAGGUAGUCAAGGGAAAAGAAAAGGAAGUGAAAAAUACCGGCGGAAGCUCCAAUACAAGCACAUCUGGAAAUGGUAACCAAGCAAAUAAUUCACCCAAUACUGUCGCGAAAGGUAGUACCGUGGUGUCUAACGAGAAGGGAGCUCCAAAAGAGAGUUAUAAGGACCCCUCGGGGAAUGAAGGUUCGAAAAGUAAAACGUCCUUCUUAAGCAUAUCAGGUGAAUCAAUUCAGAAUACCUCAAACAGGAAGAAAAUAAAAAGCGAAAUAAAGGAAAUUAAUAAAGGAUACAAAAAGUUGAGAAAGAUGGAAAAAAAAGUAAGGGACGAGCUGAAAAGUCCCGUGCCUUCUGACAAGAAUAUAAUUCAAGAAUUCGAUAAUUUUGAAAAGUUGAGUGAAGAGAAAAAUGAGUAG